AUGUUACAGAAAGAUGCAUUGGUUGAGAUAAUAACUACCAUGCUUAACGACAAGCCUACAUAUACAAUCGGAAGUGUGAUAAUGGCAUUUAAUGAAGUAUGUCUAGAGAGACUGUAUUUGAUUCACCAGCAUUAUGGGAAACUAUGUAGAAUGCUAGUUGACGCUGAAGAAUGGGGGCAGAUAGCAAUAAUAGGUCUGUUGAUAAGAUAUGCAAAAACGCAGUUCUUAAAUCCCAAUCUUCAGGGAAUUAAGCCUUCUACUAAGAAAAAGUCAAAAGCAUUCUACUCAGAUGAGAGUUCCGAUUCAUCCUCGUCAUCUGUUGACAAGCUUUGUCCUUUGGAACACUGCUUGGUCAAACUAUUUUACUAUCUUGCACCCCAACAAGAAACAUAUAAAAUGGGAAAGUCACUGGUCAAAACUACUCCGUUAUCAUCGGGAGAUACAAUACGUUGUUCUCAAGAAUACUACUAUGAUAGCGACUCAGCAGCCGGCGGACCGUCCACAGUCCGUGAGGCCAAACUUAUAAUUUGGAGAAAUAUUGGCGAGAUUAGAAGUUUAAUUCAAACUUGCAAGUUCGUUCCGUUCCCUCCUAGGCCAAAUGGAAGAGGAUCGGAUACACAAAGUGACGUAAACGAUUCUCGUUAUACAGCGUUACAAAUUUUAUUUCCAAAAACUACUGGGGGUAACUGGGGGACAUGA